GUCCCCGCAAGCACGCGCUCUCUCUCUCUCUCGUCGCUGGCUUUCUCUCGCGGCCGAGUAGACGUUAGGACCGCGCAGACUCGACUCAUAAGUGCGACUAGGCAGCUGGGUGUCUUCUGGGCUUGGGUAUUCAGCGCUCGCUCUACAACCGGAGUGAACGGGUCCCCUCUUUUCUCGUCAGCCUAACGGAUUUAAUCGGCUUCAGACGCCGCGUUUGUUUCUUGUCCGCGACCCUGUGCCCAGUGGUUUCGGUUGGGGAGGCUGCCGAGACCGAGCGUUCCCGAACCAUGGUGCACAACUAGUUAGUUUGGAGCUUUCUUUGUCGGACGGAGACUCCGCGACUCACUUUCUUUUUUCUGUAGAGGCGAGCUCGUAGUUUUCUAUUUUUUUAGUAAGGGGUCUGCGUCUUCUGUUUGUAACAAACGGCCAUCCCCGUGAACGGUGCCCCUACCUCCGCCUGAAAACGACUCUUGCCCCUGGCUGGAUUACAACCCCUUCCCCGUCCGUGCACAAUGAAUUCGGAUAUAAACAUGUACCUUGGCCGGGAGAAAGCGGGUCUGAUGCGCAAAAGAGCCCUGCUACUGAGGAAAGGCUGCAGCUUCGAAAUAACAAGCUCUGCGUCAGAGGACCUUGGCUGCAGGAGAGGGGAGUUCAGCCGGAAACACUACGGAUCUGUGGAGCUGCUGAUCUCCAGUGAUGCAGAUGGAGCCAUUCAGAGAGCAGGACGCUUCCGGGUGGAGAACGGCUCAUCUGAUGAAGCUACGGACUACACCCCAGGAACCUGGAGAAGGACCGACGUCCAUCUGGAGAAUCCGGAAUACCACACCAGAUGGUUCUUCAAGUACUUCCUGGGAAAAGUUCACCAGAACUACGUGGGGAUGGACGCGGAGAAGAACCCCUUCUUCCUGUCCGUGGUUCUUUCAGACCAGAACAACCAGCGGGUUCCGCAAUACCGGGCCAUCCUCUGGCGCAAGACGGGUACUGUGAAGAUAAGUCUACCUUACAGUCCCACCAAAACACUAUCAGUCAAAUCCAUCUUAAGUGCCAUGAAUCUGGAUCGAUUUGAAAAAGGCCCCAGAGAGAUCCUCAACCCGGACAUACAGAAGGACCUGUUGGUGUUGGAAGAGCAAGAGGGGUCAGUGAAUUUCAAAUUCGGCGUUCUCUUUGCCAAAGAUGGCCAGCUGACGGAUGAUGAGAUGUUCAGCAAUGAGAUGGGUAGCGAGAGCUUCGAGAAGUUCCUCAACCUCCUGGGAGACACCAUCUGCCUGCAGGGCUGGGCUGGGUACAGGGGAGGCCUAGACACCAAGAAUGACACUACAGGCAUGAACUCCAUCUACACGGUGUACCAGGGACACGAGCUCAUGUUCCAUGUCUCCACCAUGCUCCCAUACUCCAAGGAGAACAAGCAGCAGGUGGAGCGGAAAAGACACAUCGGGAACGACAUCGUCACCAUAGUAUUCCAGGAGGGAGAUGAUGCCACUCCAUCAUUCAAGCCCUCCAUGAUCCGAUCCCAUUUCACACAUAUAUUUGCCUUAGUCCGAUAUAAUAGCCAGAAUGACAGCUACAGGUUGAAGAUUUUCUCGGAGGAGAGUGUGCCCCUGUUUGGACCCCCCCUCCCCUCGCCACCAGUGUUUACAGACCACCAGGAAUUCAGGGACUUUUUGUUAGUCAAACUGAUAAAUGGAGAGAAAGCCACAUUGGAGACGCCCACCUUUGCCCAGAAGCGUCAGCGUACUCUAGACAUGCUCAUACGCUCCCUCUACCAGGACCUCAUGCCAGACCUGCACAAGAACAUGCUGAAUCGCCGCUCCUUCAGUGACGUUCUGCCCGAGUCGCCCAAAUCAGCACGCAAGAAAGAAGAGGCCAGACAGGCCGAGUUCGUACGGGUGGGCCAGGCCCUGAAGCUGAAGACUAUCGUACGUGGAGACGCUCCAACCAGCCUUGUUACUACAGGACUCUGCAGGAAAGAGCCAUGGGAGUCGCAGUCCUACUGCAGUAGUUUCCCCUAUGAGAUCGUCUGUGGAGACUCGUGGGGUCAAUCAUUAAUGGUUGCCACUGACAACGCUGGGGUCAUGUUACUGGAAGCUCCGGAUCCACUGUUCUCCAAUAGCGAUUCACCAGUGCUGCCCCCGGUCCAUGUGUUUGACAAGAGCAUGACCGUCAAACAAAUCCACGUGCUGGAGCCCCAGGACCUCCUCAUCAUACGGGCCGACAAAGGGAAGGAUGCGCGUCUGUACGUGUUCAGACUGAGCGUGCUCAGACGAGGCCUUGAGGAGAGACAGCUGGUCCGAGGGAAGUGUGACUGCCGAGAGAACAAGCUGGAGAAAACCAAAGGCUGUCAUCUCUACUCCAUCAACACGCACCAUGGAGCGGAGCUGCGCAUUAUCGCUGCCAUUCGGAACAAGCUGCUGCUCAUCACCCGCAAGCAGGCCAGGCUUGGACCGGACGUCCUGGCCGCCUUUGCCCCAGCUGGGCACACACACGCCGCAGAGUCACCCGUGGAGGAGUUCCAGUACAUCAGGGAGAUCUGCCUGUGUGACUCUCCUGUUGUCAUGGCAUUGGUUGAUGGGCCGACAGGAGAAAAUGACAACAUGAUCUGUGUUGGGUACAAACAUCAGUUUGACCUGAUCAAUGAAAGCACAGGAGAUGCCUACCGACUCCACCACAUAGAGUCUAACCGAGUGAACUUUGUGGCAGCCAUAGAUGUGUAUGAGGAUGGGGAGGCUGGACUCCUGCUGUGUUAUAACAAUAUCUGCUCCUAUAAGAAGGUGUGUCCAUUCAACGGGGCCACGCCCAUGAUCCAACCGAGCGCUUCAGACUUUCAUUUCAGCUGGAACCAGAUGCCCAACGCCAUAGUGUGUGCGUUCCCCUACAUCCUGGCCUUCACUAUCGACUCCAUCGAGAUCCGUCUGGUCGUCAACGGCAACCUGGUGUACACGGCAGUGGUCCCGGAGCUCCAGCUGACCGCAUCCAGGUCGGAUAUCUACUUUGUGUCAUCGGCGCCCGUGACGUCGGCCUCCAACUGCAGCUCCAGAGACACCAGCUCUCAGAGCUCCCCCCAGACCCCCACCGGAUACGAGAUGCCCGUCUUCCCCUCGCCCCUCGGAGAUGGUGAAGCCCAGUCCAAACACAUCUAUAAGAUCCCUUUGAGUAACUUGGUUGGGCGGAGCAUUGAAAGGCCCCUCAAGUCCCCAUUGGUCAAUAAGGUGGUGACAGCGCCAGGCCCCAGUGUGAUAAACCCCGUCCCCCUCAUCCCUUCCACACCCUCUCUGUCUCUGUCCCGCAUGGAGAUCAAAGAGAUCGCCAGUCGCACCCGUAAGGAGCUGCUGGGUUUAACAGAGGAGCCCAGCAGUAAGUCUGAGAGCAGCUCGGUGAAGCAGAGGAAGAUGAGCAAGAAACCCACUGAGGAAGAGCAGAAGAGAACAAGCAGCACUGCUGUUGAGCGGGCGGAGCUUGUGGACGGCGAAUCAGAUGUCCAGCUCCACUGCGCCAGCAGCUCCGACGCGGGUCCAGCAGAGGCCAGUCCUCCCCUCACACACCCCUUCGUCCUCUCCACGUCCUUCGAGGAGGACGUCCUCGACCUGAAGUGAUGACAAUCCCACAAUGCCCCUCUCCCACCCAGCCACCCCUUCACCGCACCCUUUCCGUUGUGUUGACGUUGUUUUUGUUUGUUUGUUUAUUUGAUGUUACACUCAAGUUUGGUUCUUCGCCACUGUGGGAGCCACUAGGGUUCAGAUCCAGGGGUGCGGGGGCUGGGGAAGAUGUCAAAAUGGCAGAAUCAGUUGGGUGGCAGGUGUGUGUGUGUGUGUUUGUGUCUGUGUCUGUGUCUGUGUGUGUGUGUGUGUGUGUGUGUGUGUGUGUGUGUGU